AUGUCAAACCAAAAUUUUCCUCAAAACAACAACAAAACCACAAGAAGCAACACAUCUACCAAGAGAAGUGCUUCUCCACACUCUAUGGACCAUGAUGACCAGUUCCAAAGAUGUCAAUCACAUGAAUUUGAAUCCUCAAGUAAAAAAGUCAAAAUAUUUUCAACAAAAAUCAACAUGAAUAACUUGUCUUCUAUUAUACACGAGUCGUCACUUCUUCAACCAAUGAACAUCACGUUUGAAAGUAUGCCACCAGCAGGAAAAAAUAUGUGGGAUCUUCUUUCUUUCGAUAUGUUUCUGGAAAUCUUUAAAUUCUUCCAUGACAAGAAUCAAUUUUUCAAUUUCUCUCUUGUGUGCAAAGAUUGGAGAAUAAUUGCAAAUGAAUAUUUGAAAAUGAGAUUCUCUAACAAUGUCAUGAAUGUCAAUAUUCAAAAUGUAACCCAUGUUCUUGAUCAACAAUUAAUUCCAAUAGCUAAUGGAAGAUACUUUUUUAAGGAAAGAAAAUUUCGCGUUUCCCGUGUGGACUUGUCUCUUGUGACUCGACUCAAUAUAGUUAAAUGUAAAUUAGAAGAGGCUCACUUCCAUGCUUUGGCUCGCUCUCUUCCAAAUCUUUCUGCACUUUGCAUUUACUCUUGUCCAAUGAAAUACGAGAAUCUUGAAAUCAUGUUCCCAGUUGAGAAUGGUCCUCUUUCAUUGAACACUUUGAUUUUGAGUCAUGUCGAUCUGAAUAAUGAUGGAGCCAAACUCAUUGCCCAUCGAUUGGAAAAUGGAUAUUUUCCUUCAUUGACUUAUCUGAGCUUAAAUGGACAUAAAUUUAAAAAGCAAGGAAUGAAUGCACUCCUCAAUGUUGAAAUUCCUUCGAAUUUGAAGCUUUUCGAUUUGAGAAAGAGUGAAAAAUCUGGGAAUAGUGCUUUCAUUCUGAAUGGAGAGCUCUUUUCAUACGUUUCCUCGAAGCAUGAUCGAUUGAACAGCUCUGAUUUGGAUCUAAAUGAAAUGUUUCAUGAACAAGCUCAAAUGGAACUCAUUGCACAGCAUUUAACCAAAGACCAUUUUUCUAAAAUCACGCAUGCUUUGGAACAAAUUCCAAGAAUUUCUUUGGGAAUUCAAUUGGCCUUUCAUUUGCUGUGUUUGCAAGAAUUUUCAAAGGAUGAAAUUAAUCAGAUGAAUGAAGUGAGAUAUUGCAUUGGAGAAAUGUAUGAAACUAAAUUGGAGGGAAAUGAAUCUGUGAUGAAAAAGGCACAUCUUCAAGCAAAGGAAUGUCUCGUACGAAUGAUGGGAUAUGGAACCAAUACACUCUCGCAUUUUGAGAAAAAGGAGCAACAUGUUUCUUCGUAUUGGUAUCUAAAAGCAUCUACCACACAUGGAAUGGCUCAGUUAAAAGUUGGACUCGCAUGUGAAAAGUAUUGUUACUAUCAUAGAGCGUUUGAAAUGUAUCAAAAGGCAUUCAAACAAGGAAAUGUUGUUGCAUGGUUUAACUUGGCCAGAUGCUAUGAGAAGGGUUAUGGUGUGGAUCAGGACAAUUACAUGGCUUUGGAUAUGUACAAAAGUCUUGCUGAAAAGGAGAAUGACUUGGAUGCCAUUGUGGCUGUUUCUGAGCUAGAGAAGAAUGUCGUAGAAAAGUUCAAAUGGCAAGAAAAGGCGGCUGCUAUGGGACAUUGUAAAAGUAUGUUGGAGGUUGGAAAACGGUAUUGCAUGGGACAGGUAGGAGUUGUUCAACAGAAUAUCUCAAAAGGUGUUCGUAUACUUCAACGAAUCAAAUCUAUGACUACAGAUGAGAGCACUCAUGAAAGAGUUGAUGAAUUACUUUGUAAAUAUUCAGACAAUCUCAAGACUAUGCAGUAA